AUGGCUGAAAAUAGAAUCGCUUCGUCGAAGAUCCGUGUCGCUGCGGGUGCUUCUUCAGUUUCAAAAGAAGCGAGUGGUUCACUGAUUCAUUUGCGGGUCACCGCUCCUUCGCCAAUCCCGCCACCUCUACGGAUUAUUACAGCGCAUACGAGCAACCUGAUAGACAAUUUGGGUGAAAAUCCUUUCUUCAGACUGCAACUAUACCACAUUCUACUAUGCAUUCGGCAUAUCACGUACAAUCUCGCUGAGACCAUCAACACGACGGAUUUUGAAGACAUGACAUGUAGCGAUGAACAACACAAGCAGAUAAUUAAGAUCAGAAUGACGCUCAGCGGUAUUCAGAGUGUUAUGCUUGACAUCAAGCGGGCCCAGUCAAAGACUAUUAGCUUCAAACAAUUCCAAACUACCAUUUACAAUCUAUUUGAUGGCCUUCGGUCGCAAGAACUCGCUGGAGCUGAGGCGGUAAAUCAAUCGGCCGAGCUCUUCGAAGCGCUCAAGGUAUCUGAUUGGAUAGAAAUAGCCGCAUUGCAUGAAAGAAAGUAUAGAUUGUCAGAUACUUCUCUUGGUCCAGGAUUUCCGUCAAUCACUUCCACAUACACACCGCGUGUCGAGGCCGAACAACAACUCAACGAAGCUGCCUUCCGGAAUGAUCGCCCAACCGGAAAGAAUGUCAUCGUCGUCUCCGGUUCACCUGGGAGCGGAAAGACACAGUUGGUUCUGCAUUUCGUUCAGCAGAACCGCAAAAAGUUCGUCGCGGCCUACUUCAUUGAUAGUUCCUCCGAUAAACUGGUUAGGGAUGGGUUCAAGAAAUAUAUCCAACCGCCUGGAAUCACGGACCCUCAGGAAGGCCUUCGCUAUCUCGAACGCUCUCAAGCACCCGGGAAAGGGCCAUGCUUAAUCAUAUUUGAUAAUCUCGCGUCCUCUGUCGAUAUUAACCCCUAUCUUUCAACCUCGGACCAUUUCCUCGUCCUCAUCACGACACAAGCACAACUGUACCUCUCACCACGUGCUACGGUGUAUCUCGGAGAGAUGACGCCUUUCACGCCUGCAUCUACAGAUACCCUGAAGAGGAUAGGAGAUGCCCUUGGAAAUCAACCUGCCGCGAUCACUUGCGCGACAGCAUACAUGAAUGCGUCAGGUACACCCCCAGAUACCUACCUAUCGCGUCUGCAACCGGAGCUUAUAGCAGAGAGGACUCGUUCCGGAGAUUUCCACACGCCAAUGUAUGCAGCUCUCACCGUCUCAUACAACACCAUCUCAGAAGGUGCUCAGCAACUUCUACUCCUUCUCUCUUGCUUCGUUCCCGUCAGAUUCCCUCUUCUCCAACUUGUCAAUCAGGCAGCUAGUACCGACUUCGACUACAAGAUGUACCCAAUGGUGCGGAGAAGCGAAGAAAAGACCAGAGGCACAGUAUCUCUUCUUCAGCAAAUCUUUUGCGCGAAAGGGAGCUUUGACGAAGAAGGGCUACGCCGGGAGUACCAAGGCUUGAAACAAUACAACUUCAUCUCCGACGCCAAAGCUGGAGACUUGGUUUUGACCUCUCUCCAUCCAGAGGUCAAGUCCUGGGUUAGGAGCUGGAUCAAUAAACCAACCGAGGAGGCAUAUCAAGCAGCGGCCACCCAACUCCUCGGAUGCUCGCCUAAGCACAAAGACCCAAUGGACCAGUACCUGAAUCCACAGAUAAUGGAGCUUGAAUCCUCCUUUGACACCCUCCGCACCAACGACAAGGCCUCCUUUGCCAGAGUUCUCUACCGCACUGGGGAUCACGGGAAGUCUCUCCAGCUCUUCAGGCAGGUGAUUGAGGACCUGCAACGAGAUCUCGGACAAAACCACGAGGACACUCUAGAAGCACUUGUCGAGCUUGCAAACGUUGAGCACGCCAACAAAAACUAUGCUGAUGCCAAGACGCAUAGGGAGGCUAUCAGAAAGUGGAGACGUGGACGCCUUGGGCCCGACCAUCCGAAAACACUAGAGGCAGAGGGAUUGCUGGCUGAGACCUGUACCAGCCUCGGGGAAAAUGCAGAGGCCGUGAAUCUGUACAGACGGAUUUUGGAAGUGAGGAGAGGGAUUCUGGGCGACGACGACACCCUUACCCUUAUGACGAGGGCAAAGCUGGCAGACGUCUAUCAUGCCUCAGGUAAUAAACACGAAGCUCUGGCCCUCAGAAGCGAUGUCUAUAUUCGACGAGAGAAUGCACUCGGUCCGAAUGACGCAGACACUAUUCUCGCUGCUAGCAAUCUUGCCGUUUCCUGCUAUAGCCUUGCUACGUCCAAGAGCAGGGGAAAUGUAGCUGAAGAAAGCGAAAUUGGAGAGCUGCUCUCCCAGGCAGAGAAGCUCCAGGUCCAGGUUCUACAGUAUCGAAAGACAGCCCUCGGAGUCUUGGAUCCCGAAACUCAACUUGCCAUGGGGAAUCUGAUGUGGACAUACUAUGAACUCGACAAAAGGACAGAAGCGGAAGAAGUGGCUCAAAUCUUAUAUGAUGCUACCAAGAGUCUAUAUGGAUCAAAUCACACCUCUACUCGACGAGCCGAACUUGCUCUAGCUCUUUUCCGGAGAGAUCUCUCAUCUGCCAGAGCGAUUAGACGGGGCCUCAAUGAGAACCAUCCAGAUUAUGAGCAUGCGGUAAACGUUGUGGAAACAAUAAAGGCGAACAGGUCAUUCUUCCGCCGGUUUCUCGACUUUAUGCUGUAG